CAAUAUCUGCUGAAAAAUGAACCAACAGAAUCAAGGGCCUGGCGUUCCAUCAAAUGUUCCAAUGAAACGAAAACGCGGCCGGCCACGAAAAGAAGAGAAUGUAAUUCAUGGAGUGCAUAAACCUGAGAAUAUGUUGAACUUCAAUCAAUCAGCCAGCAUAAUGAACAAUUCCGACAGUGGAAUGUUAGGGAAGAUGGUCACUGGUGUCAUUGAAGCAGCAUUCAAUGAUGGAUAUCUUGUUAAUGUUAAAGUCGCAGAUUCUGAUUCUUUUUUGAGAGGCGUAGUGUUUCUUCCUGAUCAAGUUACUCCAGUUACCGCAGAAAAUGAUGUGGCCCCUCAUGUUCAAAUGAUCAAAAGAAAAGACUUUCCGAUUCCAAUGCCAAUGCCAAACCCUCAGGCUAAUGAAAUACAUGUUUCUCUUCCCACAUUGCAUUCUAUUGAGCCACAAAUACCGGCGCCUUUUCCUGGCGUGCGCGUUCUAUCACCGACCGAGGUUCAUUCUGGCAUCUCAGUUCCACCAGGCAUAUCGCAGGCGGAGCAUGUAAAUCAGUCUAACUCUCUCAAAUCCGACAUGGAAUGUGACAAAACUGUUGAACAAAGUGAUAAGUUGCAUCACGAACUCGAUGCGUCGACACAGGUAGAAGAAUCCCGUGCUGAUCCACGGCCUGCAUCCGAAACCAUGAACCUGUUUCCAACAAUUGAAAACACUCAUAACGAGCUAAGAAAUGAACAUCAAGAUUUUCCUUCCAUGAGUCAUUUGAAUGAGCUGGUUCAUAACGAACCGAAUAAUUCAAAUAUUGAACUCAACUUGGUUCCCGUAUCUGCUGAACCAGAAUCCAUGCCAUCCGAACAACAUAAUAAUAAAUCUGUUGACAUUUUUGCGGAGAAACAGACCUUGCCAGAAACACUUUUACAAGAAGAUGCAACAAAGACAAGACCUGUUUCUAUCGAUACUUUGAGCAACGUCGAUAACUUCUCAAUCUCAAACGGAAAACCAAGUACCGGUAUUGCUAAUAUUCUUGAUCUGGUACCGAAUCAUGCAGUUGAGACCAACCAACAUGAAUCCAUGCAAUUUGAGCAUAUUGGUGAGUCUGAUCCUUCUGACAUCAAGCUUUCAUCUGAAGGAUGUAACUUCAUGGAGAAGAAUGAUCCUCAAAACGACGUCAAUAAGGUCGAUUUCGAUCAUCCUAUAGAAGAAUCUUUAGUGGAUGCAGUUCCUUCUGAAAACCAGAUUGGAGCAGGCACUUGAAAAUCAAUUUUGCCGAGGACUGUGACUGCACUUAUUUUGCUGCAGCAAAUUCAU